AUGAGAAUAUUCACAGACCCUGGUGUGUGCGACAACACUUCAGACUGGUUCCAUUGCUGGGAGAGCAACGUCGGAGAGGGUACCUGCACGGGAGAGCCGAACAGCGCCUGGAUACGCAACACUCAAGUGUGCAACGGGCUGGCGGACUGUCCGAAUGGCGAGGAUGAGUCUAUUUUAGAGUGCAAACACGAGCCGAGACUAUCGCAUAACUCGUAUUUCUACUGUGCCACUGGAGCGGCGAUCGAAAUGAAACAGAAGUGUGACGGAGAAGUCGACUGCAGCGACGGAUCGGAUGAAAUGCACACGAUGUGUCAGCCCGGAAAGCAGAUUAAUCGUCGAGGAAAUUGUGAAGGGCAUGGGUCGUUCGAGUGCCGACCAGGAGAGUGUGUCCGUGAGAUCGGUCUGUGCGACGGAAAAUACGACUGUUCCAAUGGCUUCGAUGAGUCCCUGGAAGUCUGCUACCAGCAGUGGCACAACGAGACGCAGUUCCAAUGCGGCAAUGGCCGACUCAUAUCCACUGAACGGAUCUGCAAUGGCAUCUACGACUGCAUCGACGGUGCGGAUGAGCUGGCAAAUGUUUGCGAUAAGGAGACAGACCCAAAGAAAUGCCAGGAGCCACGAGCACCGCUCUCCUUCACACUAGACACCAAAUAUCAUCGUGGCAUCAAUGGCACAAAAUAUGUUUUGCCUCUCGAAGUGGUGAAGGUGCAGUGCAUACCCACGAAAAGAUUAACUGCCACGAGCUCCGAGUGGAAUGUCUGCGGUGCGAGUGGUAAAUGGGCAAACCGUUGGCCAAAGUGCAAAAAAGCGAGAUAUUAGGCAUAAAGCAUCUUU